AUGGAGCCAUUCACGUCGUCGGCGGGUGAUGCGUCCGCUACGCAGCCCCAAGUCUUCAUCCACAAUGCGGCCAUCCGUCCGCAGCUGCAGUUCACUGCAUCCAAUGAGUUCUCCGCCAUCUCGGCCACCUGCAGCAACAACUUCACCAAAGGCGUCAAGGUCUCCCCCGACGGCCUCUGCCUGCUGACCAACAGCGACGACCACACGCUGCGGCUGUUCGAGAUGAACGGCGAUGCGUCCCAGUCCAGCACCAGCAUCCUACAGGCAAGGGAGGGCGGCACAGUGUACGACUACCAAUGGUACCCCUUCAUGUCAUCCGCGGACCCGAACUCGUGCAUCUUCGUGAGCACUAGUCGAGACCAGCCCGUGCAUCUGUGGGACGCCUACACGGGCGAGCUGCGGGCUUCGUACCGAGCUUUCGACCAUAUGGACGAGCUGGCGAGUGCUCAGAGUCUGGCGUUCAACUCUACAGGCACCAAGCUCUUUGCCGGCUUCGACCGGAUGAUCCGGUACUUCGAUCUGUCCCAGCCCAGUAGGGACUUCAGGGCGAGGCCGCUGACCAAGACUCGGCGCUCGCGUAAGGGUCAGAGGGGGCUAAUUAGCACGCUACACUUUAAUCCGGACCACUCUAAGAUUUACGCGGCUGGAUCGUACGGCGGCACGACCUGCGUGUACACGGAGGACGAAGGAGAGGAGCUGCUGGCUCUGCGUGAUCACGACGGUCGCGGCAUCUCUCAAGUUCCUGUUCACGGCUGCGCGGCGUGA